AAUACGUGGUGGAACACUCCAUGUAGAAUUUCUUACUACUAACGCCAUCUAUUAAUCGUAUCCAACAACAUCAAUUUUUCAAAAAUAAUUGCACUGUAUUUAAUGCUAAGGCUUUGAGCAUUUCAUAUUAUGGUUACAGAAUGGCACCAAAUGUAGCAAAUGCCAUGGACUUUACCAUACAAAAUCGGCGUUUGGUAUUGCACCAAAGUGGCGUUGUUUCGAGUGUAAGAAGCAGAAAGCAAAACAGGUUCUACAGAACUACACUAUAGCAAAACAGAACCAAUGGUAAAUAAAAUAAUCCCAUGGUAACGAAAAAUAAUAACACGCGCAUUUGUAGUGGGGGCAACGUAUAAAAGCCAAGCGAGGUGCAAUAGUUGAUGCAUUCUUGUGUUGAGCUCUGAAGUGUAGACAUCAACUAAAAUAUUUACAAAACCUUAAGUUAUCCUGCUUUGACGUCGUUCAUCGAUUAUUAAAUUUCAUCUUUUUUAUUUAAAUCAUUGAUUGUGAGAUUAUUAAAAUGGAUUCUUUGUGCUUGUGUGAAAGUUCCCACAAACCUUCAGCCAGUCGCUACGACUUUGUAUACGAAUGGUGGAACAAACACCAAAUUUUCUUUAAUGAGCUCCCCAAUUCAAUCGUGUUGGAUGAAGAAGUUGACCAGAACGAAGUGGCGCCGGCGCUCGAACUAUAUGAAGAGGCGUCACUAUCAUAUAGUAAUUAUGGAUGGAACGAGUAUGGAGCGACGCUGGCGCAAUUUGGAGAGGAACCACUCCCGUACUGUUAUGGAGGUUGCGAGUACGGAGCGGCGUUCGCGGAGUGUGAGGUGACACCACUGCCUUUUUGCUAUGGACCAAUGAUGGAGUACUACGACCCAACUCCAUCGGAACAUGCAUGCGUAAUGUCCCAUUACGAUCCUGGACCGCUGCCCUAUUACGAACCUCCGCGCGCUAAUUCUAUAUAAGGAAUUUGUAUUGUAAUAUAAGUUACUUAGUUUGUAAAUAUAAUUGUAAUCAUUGUGCUACAUUUUUUUUAUAUUUUAGUUAAUAAACAGUUUAUAAUUAAA